AUUUCUGAUAAGUAGUCUCCACUGUUACCUAUAUAAGGUCGAGAAGAGCAGCUCAGACUCCACUGAAAGUACACCAUCCUUGCUGCCCUUGGAAUGCGCAGUCUAAUUACGUGCGUUUUUGUGCUAUUCAAUCAACUGGCGCUCAGUCUACAGGAUUGUGGCAGUAGUGCUCUUGAAGACAAAAUUGUGCAGUUACAUAAUGAAGUACGACAAGGGGUUGCUCAGCGCGAGUAUGGAGAAAUCAAGUACAGCAAAGUGGGAUCCAAGAAUAUGUUUGCUCUGAGCUAUGAUUGUUCGCUACAAGGACUUGCUUCUGCGUCUAUUACGAGCUGUAAAUGCGAUAAAAGUUUUGCAGACACUUUCGGUUACUCCAUCGUUUGCGAAAAAGCAAUCAUAAGUGGUACUAAAGCAGCACAGAUACAGGAUGCGUAUGAAACCACAAUCGAAGGUUGGCGUGACGAUGCCAAGGAUGAUAUACCACUACCACUCAGCGCUGCUACGUACACCAGCAAUGUUCCAGAAAACUUUGCAAAUAUGAUUUACUACAAGUCGCUGAGGGUGGGAUGUAGCCAUGAGAUAUGUGGCAAACGAGCUCUUAUCGCAUGCGUGUACAAUAAGAAACCGCAAAGCGGACAGCCUCUGUACAUUGAAGCUAGCACAAAGACUGGGUGCACUCGAAAAAAGUGCCAGGAGCUGGAACCAGACUCUAAAUGCGAUUCUAGUAAUGGACUAUGUGUAACAGACAAAGAUUCAAUAGAGGAUGUAACCACAACCUCUACUGCUGCUGUGACCACUAGCACUUCGACGGAAAGUCAAGGAAGUACUCCGAUAUCAAGCCAAGGGUCUUCGCUUUCAACAUCAGUCCAAACAUCUUUGCUUCCGACGACAGGUCAGACAACGCCAAAUCAGACGAGGCCAAGUCAGACGACGGCAAGUCAGACGACGCCACCACGUCAGUCGUCGCUAGGUCAGACGACGCUAGGUCAGUCGACGCCAGGUCAGACGACGUCACGUCAGACGACGCCACGUCAGACAACUACGAGCAGUUCGACUGGAUGUAUGACAGAUGCCAUUAGGGAUCAGGUGGUGAACGCUAUUAAUGAGAAGCGAUCUUCAUUAGCUAAAGGACAAGUACAAAACGGACCAACAGGGACAACAUUGCCAAAAGCUACGAACAUGUAUAAGAUGAGUUAUGAUACCGCAUUGGAGAACGAAGCACAAACUUAUACUAAUACUUGCCCACCAGGAAAAUCAGAUCUGAGUACCCGCGUAGGCCAUGGUGAAACAACUACGAUACUAGACGAUAAGAGUGCCUCCUGUACCGAUGCUCUUAAGAAUGCUAUUGACGUUUGGUGGAAUGAGAUCACAGGAAAAGCUCUGAAUAAAGCGGUAAAGUAUACACAAGUACUAGAACAAUCGGCAAAUGCUCCUACAAAUUUCACACAGAUGGCUUGGGCUGCUUCCUAUAAGGUUGGCUGUGGUGUGAAUCAUUGUAACUAUGGUACUAUAGUCGUUUGCCGCUAUUACGUCAGAGGAAACAUCUACUCGCAAUACAUCUACCGCAUAGGUUCUACUUGUGGUCACUGUAGCUCCUCAUGCAGUAAUGGACUCUGCAAGGCUCCCAAUUAAAUACCACAUUGUCUGUGUCCCGUUGUACUUUCCAUAAGGUCCCAUGUCACUCGUUUCUUGCGCUGCGCUAGCGCUUUUUUAGGCAAUAAGUGUUUGUGAUCUUGUACCAAAGCUGCAAAUUAACUGUGAGAAAGACUAUGGUGCACAGACUAUGAACUGGCUUGCACAAUUUUACAUAUCGAGAUCUGUAGCUGAAUAAAGCAUUGCAUGUUUGG